GCUGCCGGGGAGGGGGGGAGGGGGCGGCACUUCCGGUCGGGCCCUCGGGUCUCCCCGGAGCGGCGGCGCCUCCUCCGCCUCCUCGGCCUCCUCCCGGCGGAGACCCCGGCGCCGGGUCUCGAGUCUCCUACUUGCCGGAGAUGGAGGCGAACCCAGUGGGCAGCGGAGCCGGGGGAGGCGGGAGCGGCGGCCUUGGGGGCGAGGACGGGGUGCACUUCCAGAGCUACCCCUUCGACUUCCUGGAAUUCCUCAACCACCAGCGCUUCGAGCCCAUGGAACUGUAUGGGGAACACGCCAAGGCGGUGGCGGCCCUGCCCUGCGCCCCCGGCCCCCCGCCGCAGCCCCCGCCGCAGCCGCCGCCCCCGCAGUAUGACUACCCGCCCCAGUCCACCUUCAAGCCCAAGGCGGAGAUGCCCUCCUCGUCCUCCUCGUCCUCCUCGUCCUCCUCCUCGUCCUCCUCAUCCUCCUCUUCGUCCUCUUCCUCUUCUCAAGCCAAGAAGCCGGAUCCGCCCCUGCCGCCCGCCUUCGGGGCCCCCCCUCCUCCCCUCUUUGAUGCUGCUUUUCCCACCCCACAGUGGGGCAUCGUGGACCUCUCGGGACACCAGCACUUGUUUGGGAACCUGAAGCGAGGUGGGCCCGCAUCCGGGCCGGGGGUGACGCCCGGGCUGGGCGCUCCUGCGGGGGCCCCAGGGCCACUGCCCGCCCCCUCACAGACCCCGCCGGGACCCCCCGCGGCGGUGGCCUGCGACCCCACCAAGGACGACAAGGGCUACUUCCGGAGGCUGAAGUACCUGAUGGAGCGGCGCUUCCCCUGCGGCGUGUGCCAGAAGUCCUUCAAGCAGUCCUCGCACCUGGUCCAGCACAUGCUGGUGCACUCGGGAGAGCGGCCCUAUGAGUGCGGUGUCUGCGGCCGCACCUACAACCACGUGUCCAGCCUCAUCCGCCACCGCCGCUGCCACAAGGACGUGCCCCCGGCCGCGGGGGGCCCGCCCCAGCCCGGUCCCCAGCUCCCGCAGCUGGGCCUCCCGGCGCCCGCUGCCAGCACUGCGGCUGCCCCUGCCGCCCCCUCCACCGUGUCCUCGGGUCCUCCCCCCACGCCCACGGCUCCCACCCCCUCCGCAGACGGUAGCGCUGCCCCUGCUGGUGUUGGGGUGGCCCCUCCCGCCACCGGGGGUGGCGACGGCCCGUUCGCCUGUCCGCUCUGCUGGAAGGUUUUCAAGAAGCCCAGUCAUCUGCACCAGCACCAGAUCAUCCACACAGGCGAGAAGCCCUUCUCCUGCUCCGUGUGCAGCAAGAGCUUCAACCGCAGGGAGAGCCUGAAGCGCCACGUGAAGACGCACUCCGCGGACCUGCUGCGCCUGCCCUGCGGCAUCUGCGGGAAGGCCUUCCGCGACGCCUCCUACCUCCUCAAGCACCAGGCGGCCCACGCGGGCGCGGGGGGACCUCGGCCCGUGUACCCCUGCGACCUGUGUGGCAAGUCCUACUCGGCGCCGCAGAGCCUGCUCCGCCACAAGGCCGCCCACGCCCCGCCCGCUGCCGCCCCCGCCGCCGAGGCCCCCAAGGGUGGGGCGGCCUCCGCUCCGCAGCCCCCGCCCACCUUCCCCCCGGGCCCGUACCUCCUGCCCCCCGACCCUCCCGCCACCGACAGUGAGAAGGCGGCCGCGGCAGCUGCAGCGGUGGUGUACGGCGCCGUGCCCGUCCCGCUCCUGGGCGCCCAUCCGCUGCUGCUCGGCGGCGCUGGGACCAGUGGGGCGGCAGGCUCGGGCGCCAGCGUCCAGGGAAAGACGUUCUGCUGCGGCAUCUGCGGGCGCGGCUUCGGCCGCCGCGAGACCCUGAAGCGUCACGAGCGCAUCCACACGGGCGAGAAGCCCCAUCAGUGCCCCGUGUGCGGGAAGCGCUUCCGUGAAUCCUUCCACUUGAGCAAGCACCACGUGGUGCACACGCGCGAGCGGCCAUACAAGUGUGAGCUGUGCGGCAAGGUCUUUGGCUACCCUCAGAGCCUCACCCGCCACCGCCAGGUGCACCGGCUCCAGCUGCCCUGCGCCCUGGCCGGGGCCGCGGGCCUCCCCUCCACCCAGGGCGCCCCGGGGGCCUGUGGGCCGGGGGCCUCGGGCGCGGCCGCAGGGCCCGCGGAUGGGCUGAGCUACGCCUGCUCGGACUGCGGCGAGCACUUCCCGGAUCUCUUUCACGUCAUGAGCCACAAGGAGGCCCACAUGGCAGAGAAGCCAUACGGCUGCGACGCCUGCGGCAAGACCUUCGGCUUCAUCGAGAACCUCAUGUGGCACAAGCUGGUCCACCAGGCCGCCCCUGAGCGCCUGCUCCCGCCCACACCCGGCGGCACGCAGCCCCCAGACGGCUCCAGCGGCACGGAUGCAGCCAGUGUGCUGGACAACGGGCUGGCAGGGGAGGUGGGGGCAGCCGUGGCGGCGCUAGCUGGGGUAUCCGGCGGCGAGGACGCAGGCGGGUCAGCAGUGGCGGGGGCCGGCGGGGGUGCCAGUUCAGGCCCGGAGCGCUUCAGCUGUGCCACGUGCGGCCAGAGUUUCAAGCACUUCCUGGGUCUCGUGACUCACAAGUACGUGCACCUGGUGCGACGGACCCUGGGCUGCGGCCUCUGCGGCCAGAGCUUCGCGGGCGCCUACGACCUGCUCCUGCACCGCCGCAGCCAUCGGCAGAAGCGGGGCUUCCGCUGCCCGGUGUGCGGGAAGCGCUUCUGGGAGGCGGCCCUGCUGAUGCGCCACCAGCGCUGCCACACGGAACAGCGGCCAUAUCGGUGCGGCGUGUGCGGCCGAGGCUUUCUGCGCUCCUGGUACCUGCGGCAGCACCGCGUGGUGCACACUGGCGAGCGGGCCUUCAAGUGUGGUGUGUGCGCCAAGCGCUUCGCGCAGUCUUCCAGCCUGGCCGAGCACCGGCGGCUGCACGCCGUGGCCCGGCCCCAGCGCUGCAGUGCCUGCGGCAAGACCUUCCGCUACCGCUCCAACCUGCUGGAGCACCAACGGCUGCACCUGGGCGAGCGCGCCUACCGCUGCGAGCACUGCGGCAAGGGCUUCUUCUACCUGAGCUCGGUGCUGCGCCACCAGCGCGCCCACGAGCCGCCGCGGCCCGAGCUCCGCUGCCCCGCCUGCCUCAAGGCCUUCAAGGAUCCCGGCUACUUCCGUAAGCACCUGGCUGCCCACCAGGGCGGCCGGCCCUUCCGCUGCUCCUCCUGCGGCGAGGGCUUCGCCAAUACCUACGGCCUCAAGAAACACCGCCUGGCGCAUAAGGCGGAGAACCUCGGGGGUCCUGGAGCAGGGGCGGGCACUUUGGCCGGGAAGGAUGCCUGACCGAGGGCUUCCCAUCCCACGCCCACCAGAGGCCCCCUUCUGGACUCCCUCCUACCAGGGCUCCUCAGACUCUUCCCCUCGCCCCCGCUGUUGCCCGCUCCUUCAGAACUUCGACGGACUGGCGACCUUCAGGCGCACGCCCGACAGGCUCACGACGGAAUCACUCCCAUCCUCGACCUCUCCGCCCUCUCCUCAUCCCAUCAGACACUGAACCCGAUCCUCCGUCCAACCCUCUCUUGUGACCCUCAUCAGUCCCCCGCCCCAGCAGCGCUCUGCCCCAGUAAACUUUGGCGGAGAUGGGUCUGAACAGCCCCCUCCCCGUCCUUUGAAAUCUGGCUGGACAGUGGAGUAUGCACAGAGUUGGGAGGGCACAAGGGGGUGCUGGGUGCUCUUUGGGGUGGGCGGGUGGGAGUCGGGGUGGCAGACGCGGCUUGUACAAAGCGGAGAAUAAUAAACCUUAUCAUGAGGGCC